AUGGCCGAAGGGAUUGACACUUUGCAAUCCCUGUACUCUCGCUCGGGGAGGUCUUUUUCCGACGGCCCUUCUUCGAAUGCAGCGGGUGGGUCUCGUCGUAUUGCUCGACGAGACCAAGGACAUCAACGAUCAUCUGGGCACGAGGCUCCCAGCUGUCCCACGCCGGUGGAUAGCCACGCCAGCGGACGAGGUUACUCGUCCGGACGCCAUUCACAUCGCGGUGGUUCAAAAUACGCCCCACUUGGAAUCGUUGACCACCGCUUGAGUCCACCAAAGGAUGUUGUGGCGGCGGGAACACCUGAUCCGGCUCGAGGAUCGGAUCAGCUUGGUGUUAAAGAGAUGAACCGUGUACCGGAACAGCUGCAAGAUGACCUGACUCACGAACACACUCGGCGUGUUGGCUUGAGGAUCUUGUAA